UUACAAAAUUUCCCUUUUUUUUUUUAUAUAUAUAAAAGAAGUUGCAGGCGCUGGGAUUUGAACAUAGACCUGCUGGGUGUGAUUGAAGGUAGUUCCAUGAAUCAACUAAGCUAAGUUCCAAUUUUCUCACUCUUUUAAAAUUGAAAGAAACAGUUAUACUUCAUAGUACUCCAAAGUUCAACUGUAUUGUCUCAUUGUUAGUUGAAAAUUCUUUUGCUAGAGAAAUAGUUUUACUUUACCUUGUAUCAUUCUUAUAUAAAUUAUGCCAUUUUUUGUAAAUCUCUUCCGAUGGUAUCCUUGAAGUUACUGCAACAUGGUUGGUUCCGGAGAAAGUCUAAUUCAAGGAAAUCAGACUCUUAAUAGUUUUUUUCUUUGGUUUUGUAUACGAUUGAGCUAGCUGAUAACAAAUAUUCUAUUUGGAGCAAUCAGGUUUUGUGAUUUCACAAUUUGGUUUGAUUGAGAACAACUGAUGAAAUGAUUGACUGUUGAUGAUAUGGCUGGAGUGGAGCAGAGGCAGAACAAGUCUGGAGGUGGAGGGAAAAAGAAGGAAGUGAAGAAGGAGACUGGUUUGGGUCUCUCCUUUACCAAGGAUGAGAAUUUCGGGGAGUGGUACUCUGAGGUUGUUGUCAAUGGUGAAAUGAUUGAGUACUAUGACAUUUCUGGCUGUUAUAUUCUGAGGCCAUGGGCAAUUUCAAUUUGGGAGAUCAUGCAAACAUUCUUUGAUGCUGAAAUCAAGAAAAUGAAAGUCAAGAACUGCUAUUUCCCUCUCUUUGUAUCUCCAGGCGUUUUGCAAAAGGAGAAGGAUCAUAUUGAGGGUUUUGCUCCAGAGGUUGCUUGGGUGACCAAAUCUGGGGAGUCUGAGUUAGAGGUGCCAAUUGCAAUCCGCCCAACUAGUGAGACAGUUAUGUAUCCCUAUUAUUCUAAGUGGAUUAGAGGACACCGUGACUUGCCUUUGAAACUUAACCAGUGGUGCAAUGUCGUUCGAUGGGAAUUUAGCAAUCCCACACCAUUUAUCAGGAGUCGUGAAUUUCUAUGGCAGGAAGGGCAUACUGCCUUUGCAACAAAGGAAGAGGCAGACACAGAGGUUCUUCAAAUAUUGGAACUGUACCGAUGUAUAUAUGAAGAAUUCUUGGCUAUUCCUGUUACAAAAGGCAGGAAGAGUGAACUAGAGACGUUUGCUGGUGGACUUUACACAACUAGUGUCGAGGCAUUUAUUCCAAACACUGGGCGUGGUAUUCAAGGUGCAACCUCCCAUUGUCUGGGCCAAAACUUUGCAAAAAUGUUUGAGAUAAACUUUGAAAAUGAAAAGGGAGAGAAGGGUAUGGUCUGGCAGAAUUCCUGGGCGUAUAGUACUCGAACGAUUGGGGUAAUGGUUAUGGUUCAUGGGGAUGACAAAGGUUUAGUGCUGCCUCCAAAAGUAGCAGCUUUGCAACUUAUUGUGAUUCCUGUGCCUUACAAAGAUGCAGAUACUCAAGGUAUUUUUGAUGCUUGUGUUGCCACUGUGGCAACCCUCUCAGAUGCUGGCAUUCGUGCUGAAGCUGAUCUUAGAGAUAACUACUCACCUGGUUGGAAGUAUUCAAACUGGGAAAUGAAAGGUGUUCCCCUAAGGAUUGAAAUAGGACCUAGAGACUUAGCAAAUAAUCAGGUACGUGCAGUUCGCCGUGACAAUGGAGCAAAAACUGAUAUCUCAAGAGUCUUUUUGGUUGAACAAGUAAAAGGAAUGUUGGAUAAGAUUCAACAGAACCUGUUUGACGUUGCAAAACAAAAACGAGAUGCCUGUGUUGAAGUUUUAAAAACUUGGGAAGAGUUUGUAACAGCUCUUGGGCAAAAGAAACUGAUCUUAGCUCCUUGGUGUGAUGAGGAGGAUGUGGAGAAAGACGUGAAAGCACGAACGAAGGGUGAUAUGGGAGCAGCUAAGUCUCUUUGUACCCCGUUUGAACAGCCUGAACUCCCAGAAGGUACUAAAUGCUUUGCCUCUGGGAAGCCUGCAAAGAAAUGGACCUAUUGGGGUAGAAGUUACUAAGAUUAUUCUCUUUUUAUGACCAUCUCCUUCACAUUGUCCUCUGUCUGAUGUCAGCUGUGCUGGUGUGUGGACCAUUCUUAACAGGAUAAUUUUCAAUUUGAAAUUGUUAUAUGAAACUGAUGAGAGUACUUGGUUUUAUUAUCAUAUAGUUAAGAGUUCACUUCGAUGCAUGGUGGGAGAACUCCCACCGCGCCGCGCAUGUCAUUUUAUUCAUUGGACCCUUGGAGGUUAAGUCAUAAAAAUGCAAUUACGGCGCGGUGAAAGUCUCUCUCACUAUGUUACCAAAGGGACAUUAAAACUUGUGGGAAUUUUUUUUUUUUAAUUUUCGCCAAGGGUGUAUUGUAGAACUUUUGCUUUGCUACAAUUGAUUUACUGCUCUAUUUGUGAUAUUACAAUAUUAGAAUAUGGUGAUGGUACUUGAAGGUUAUAAGUU